AUGGCUCCAUAUUCUUCUCAGCUCCUAUGGAAUUUGUUCUUGUUCAACGUCCUUAUCUUAUCCACCAUCUCGUGUGCAAUUGGAUGCUACACAUCAAUCUUUAGCUUUGGCGAUUCACUUGCCGAUACUGGAAACUUAAUGCACUUGUCGCAGCCUGAUAAACUUCCCCAGUUCUCCUUUCCUCCUUACGGUGAAACCUUUUUUCACCAGCCUACCGGACGUUGCUCCAAUGGUCGUCUUGUCAUAGACUUUAUUGCUGAAUAUCUAGGGCUUUCGUUUGUGCCACCAUAUUUUGGAGGAAGCAUGGAAAGUUUUAAAGAGAGAGGUGUCAAUUUUGCUGUAGUGGGAGCUAGUGCGCUUGAUGCUGCCUUUCUUCGAGAAAGAGGAAUCAAGAGCAAAUUCACCAAUAUUUCUUUGGAUGUUCAGCUGGGUUUGUUCAAAGAACUGUUGCCGUCUCUCUGCUCCACGCCGUCCGACUGCAAGAAGCUACUUGGCAACUCCCUUAUUCUUCUGGGAGAGAUUGGAGGAAAUGAUUACAACAACGCCUUCUUUGGAGGAGUUAGCUUUGAGAUUAUUCAAGAUCUCGUACCUUACGUUAUUAACACCAUAGGUCUAGUCAUUGAGGAGGUAAUUGAACUAGGAGCUAUUACAAUAUUGGUUCCUGGAAAUCUCCCAAUAGGUUGCUCGCCAUCCUAUCUAACAUAUUUUGAGGGUUCAGAUAAGAAAGACUAUGACCAAUUUACUGGUUGUCUUAACUGGCUCAAUAAAUUCUCUGAGGAUCAUAAUCAACAAUUUUUGGCAGAAUUAAAUCGAAUUCAGAAGCUUCAUCCUCAUGCGAAAAUCAUUUAUGCAGAUUAUUACAAUGCUGUAAUGCCUUUUUAUCACUUACCAAAUCCAUUUGGAUUUACAGGAGGUUCCUUAAAAGCAUGUUGUGGCUGGGGAGGAAUGUACAACUACAAUUCAUCAGUUCAAUGUGGCAACCCACUCGCAAGUGUUUGCAAUGAUCCUUCCUUGUAUGUGAAUUGGGAUGGUAUACACUACACAGAAGCAACCUACAAAUUGAUUUUUGAAUCCAUAAUAGAGGGCACAUAUUCCUUUCCCUCUUUCAAAGCGUUGUGUAAUUUGGACGGGAGAUAUUUUAAUAAUUAA